CUGCUUUGCUGCCUCUAGCGGUCACGGGCGGAAUCGCAAUCGUUUUACUUCCUGCUUCUGGCUCAUAGGGUGGGACAGCGGAAGUGUCUAAGCAGUAUCCCCGGUGUGUAGCGAUCGUCUCCUGCUACGUUACCGCAAUCAUGCCGGCCUACCACUCUAUGUUAAUGGAACCAGACACCAAACUAAUCGGAAACAUGGCAUUACUGCCGAUUAGGAGCCAGUUCAAGGGACCUGCCCCCAGAGAGACAAAGGACACAGAUAUUAUUGAUGAAGCCAUUUAUUAUUUCAAGGCCAAUGUGUUCUUCAAAAACUACGAAAUCAAGAAUGAAGCUGACCGGACCUUGAUUUACAUCACCCUUUAUAUUUCUGAGUGCUUGAAAAAGUUGCAAAAGUGCAAUUCUAAAGGACAGGGAGAAAAGGAAAUGUACACUCUAGGAAUUACGAACUUCCCCAUUCCAGGAGAACCAGGGUUCCCACUCAGUGCCAUGUAUGUGAAACCUUCCAACAAACAGGAGGACGAGGUGAUGAGGGCAUACUUGCAGCAGCUGAGGCAGGAGACUGGCCUUAGACUAUGUGAAAAAGUGUUUGACCCUCAAACAGACAAGCCCAGCAAGUGGUGGAUGUGCUUUGCAAAGAAACAGUUCAUGAACAAAUCUCUGUCUGGUCCUGGUCAAUAAAUAAAGAAGCAGAAGAAAAUGGAAAUUAUUGAAUUAUUUUGUUGUGCUUUUGAGCUAAAGUUUUUUACUGUGUUGUAUUAUGAACAGUUACAGCCAAACAAAGCAAGUAAACUGGGAUUUAGGAGAAUAUUCAUUGUUAAGCUGGUGCUUAAUAAAGUAAAAAAUCCUUUCUUAAUUAAUGUUUGGUGGCUUUGUGCUUUGCUGUAUCUCCACUGGUUGGAACAGUGAUUUGUUACCAUGAACAUCAUCUCCUGUAUACCAAUAAAUGGCGCACAUUUUAAUGGCUUGCUCUACUUUAAAAAAGAAUGUCAGGAUUGUUUUUCUUUGCCUAUAUACUGCAGGAUAGGACAUUAUUAAAGAAUACGACAGUGGCUCUUGUUAA